AUGCAGUCUCUGAAAGCGAAACGGAACCAUCAACUAGUGCUUUACCUGAAACCUCAGCUACCCUUCAGAUGGAGGUUUUCAAGCACAUCGGCCAAUGUUGAAAAAAUUAAUGACGUGCUCAAGAUUUUAUCGCCUCUUCCAGACGCCUCUAAGAAAAGACUGAUUGUAAGAAAAAGAAGGACCCAGAAAAGUCAGAUUUUGACGUCAUCGCCGUAUAAAAAUGAGCUGGUGGAAAAGACCAAAGAUCCUAAAAAGAUGCCAAAGAUCACGAAAAAUAUGAAGAACCUAUUGAAAAAGAAAAAUCCUACACCUAAACCACGUCCUGAACAUCAGGAAACUGAAUGCAUCAUUUGUGAAUGCGAAACUGAAUGCAAAACGUUUGAUGAGGAUUGGAUCCAAUGCAAUAAAUGUCAAGACUGGGCUCAUGAGGCAUGUGUAGAUAUAAAUCCACCCAAUUUAUACUACAACUGUGAUGUUUGUGUUGCCAAAAAACGAUUUCGUCAUUAA